GUGACUAAUCUGUUGACCUCAAAACUUGUUGACAACCAACAGACGAGUUUGCAGUUGUGAAAGUUAUAUAAAUGACUUAACAUUUGGAAUAAUCUUCUCAUGGUGCAGAUGCAGCAGAUACUUGUUAAAUCGUACAUUGCCAUAUUUCGUGUAGUUUAAAUGCCGUUGCUGCAGUGGAUGCAUGUUAGCUAGCCAUUUAUCGCUAGCUAGCUUACUAACGUUAGUUAGAAAUUGGCGCAGCAAGUCUGGUCACAGCAGAUUGGUAGAAUUAGCUAUGAUGCUAUUGCAGUACUCCACGCUUGCUUAAGCAUGGCAGGGAGUUAUAUCAAAGCGUAGGCAUGUGUUUAAUCUCCAUCACUGUUUCCGCUAGUCUUGAAGUUUUAGAAGCAGUCUACAGUAACCGGAGCUAACGUUUUGCGAUGGCGUGGAAAUCAAGAACUCGCAGCUUGCAGGUAUUUGACACCGAGUUGAGUGCUGACACGGUUGAAUGGUGUCCUGUUCCCCAGUGGCACCAUAUUCUAGCAUGUGGGACCUACCAGUUACAGAAAGGCCAAGAUGGGGCAGUUGAAGAGUCGGCCACGCCAAAUAGGAUCGGUCGAUUAUAUCUGUUCCGCUUUCAACAACAAGGAGCAUUGUGUCCCCCUCUGACUGAACUUCAACGCAUUGACACGCCAGCCAUACUAGAUGUAAAAUGGUGCCAUGUACCAGUGUCCGGACAACCACUUUUGGGCAUGGCAACAGCCACUGGGGAACUACAGCUUCACUUGCUGCAAGACACACAGGAUGGACUCUGUGGUCUGGAUAAAGUAUCAAGCACAGAGCUGGGUCCUGACAGGCUUGCACUCUCUUUGGACUGGUCUACAGGGAGAGGUGACAGCAGUGCAAUCCGUGUGGUGUCUAGUGACUCUAAAGGCUGUGUUAAUGUUCUGGGCCUGACUGAGACGAGCCUGACCGCUCUGUCCCAGUGGAAAGCCCAUGACUUUGAAGCUUGGAUAGCAGCCUUCAGCUACUGGGACACACAGAUUAUUUACUCCGGUGGGGACGAUUGCAAACUGAAAGGCUGGGAUCUUAGGAUAGGUCCCUCCUGUCCCACCUUCACCAGCAAGAGGCACUCCAUGGGCGUUUGUAGUAUCCACAGCAACCCUCACCGCGAACACAUCCUGGCGACGGGCAGCUACGACGAGCACGUGCUGCUGUGGGACGGACGGAACAUGCGGCGGCCGCUCAGCGAAAGCGCCAUUGGGGGAGGGGUGUGGCGCCUGAAGUGGCAUCCUGCCCACGACCACCUGUUGUUGGCAGCCUGCAUGCACAACGACUUCCACAUACUCCACUGUCAGGAGGCCAUGGAGGGCAGUGAAGGACCUUGCCCUAUCCUGGCCUCCUAUGUCUUACACAACUCCCUAGCCUACGGGGCAGACUGGUCCCGCGUGUCUCUGGACAGCCCUCCCCCGGCGUCCCCUCAGGGGUCAGGUGAACCCAGCCGGCUCCAGCCAGCAGUGGGAGGCCACCUCAGGAUCCAGUACGAGUCCCCCACGGCCUGCUUCGACACCUCCCUAGAGGACGAGAUGGGGCGCUACAUCCCCGAGCCCACCCCCCAGCCAGACCCGCGUUCAGUGGCGCCCCCCACACCUGCACUGGACUCUCCCUCGGUCUCCUGCCUGCUGGCCAGCUGCUCCUUCUACGACCACAUGCUGCACGUGUGGCGCUGGGACUGGAGCCCAAAGGAGGGUGGGACCGAGGCAGGGCAGGACCGGACAGGGCAGGACCAGGCUACUGGGAACACUGCCGCCGCCGCAGAGCAGGACCAGGAUACUGGGAACACUGCCGUCGCCGCUGUACUGUGAGACACAGCAGCUAAUGCAGCGAUGGUGAAGUUCCUACUUAUCAGAGCUGAGCUAUGCAGAGACACAUUAUGGGGUCAGAAGUUUUACAUCGGGGUAGAUAAAGGGCAAAGAUGAAAAUGAUGGGUUUAGUCAGCAUUGCUGCGAGCCACGAAAAUGUGUGAAGUGAUCAUAUUUAGGUGGCUCACAAUAAUUCAUACGUGCAGAAGGACAUUCAUUCAGUCUUCCUGGCCACCUCGGGCACUGUAUGAGGUGCAUUAGGAGAGAUCAAACAUGAGGUGAACGCCUCAAAACAAACUAAUAAGGAUACGACGGCAUAUCAUGUCUCUUAGCCAAGGCUUCUAAGUGAAUGCAUGUAGUGCACAAAACAAGAAGGUGAGCAGGGAGAGCGCUGAGGGCAAGGAUUAUGUAUUAUGGAAAAUGACAAACUACCCCAGUGUCACCGAUACCUUUGCAGAGCACUUAUUAUGAAUGAACGGACACUUUCAGUUUUUCCAGACCUCUUACAGUAUCCAUUGGCUGAAUGUCUUCAUCCCAUGCAAAUAUCUCAUAAUAGUCUCCACCACAAUGUGUAAGGGCGCACAGAACAAGCUUAUUGUAAGAUACUCAUAAAGAUAGGAUCCAGAAUGGUUCCGCAGUCUAUGCUAUCUUGUAAGACAGAUGUGAUUGUCAUACAGGUUUAAACCUGAAUUCCACUGAUGGGUUUGCACCAGAUGGUCAGAUUGUACAAUCUUCAUUACACAACCUAACGACAUGUGUCCAAUGUUUGUCUCAAACUGAUGGGGAGGCAUUGGAAAUUAUACACACAGAUUACAUCAGAAUUCAACUGUCAUGUCUUCCUAUUUAUUCUUUGACCGGUUGUGUUAGCUUCUGAUGUUUUUGCAAAGACAUUGUUUAAGUAGUUUUGUUUUAAAAUAAAUCACAAUCUGUAUUUUUAAGGCAAUAAAUAUGUUUUUAGUAUUGUACUCCA